CUGAGAGGGUGAUCUGCUGCAAUCUGCUAUCCCUCAAGGACCUGUACGCCUGCUGAGGACCCCGAGGCAGAUCUUAAACACUUGGCUGGUCUGACCAAUAAACCACAGGGCCCCUGGUUUUGGGCGGCCCUGCUGAUUCAGGCGGAUAGAGAGCAGGAGCAGGAGCAGGAGGAGGAGGAGGAGGAGGAGGAGGAGGAGGAGUGUGUGUUUGUCGGCAGAUAGUCAGUCAGAAGGACCGGACUACCAGCGGCAGCUUGGGGAGCGUCUGAGCGGGGAAAUCUGCGUCCAAUACGGGAGAAGUCAAGGGGGAAUCCGCGAUGAGUUGGGGAACGGAGCUCUGGGACCAGUUUGAUAAUCUGGACAAACACACUCAAUGGGGGAUCGACUUUCUUGAGCGCUACGCAAAGUUCGUCAAGGAGAGGCUGGACAUCGAGCAAAACUACGCCAAGCAGCUACGGAACUUGGUGAAGAAAUACUGUCCUAAGCGCUCUAAAGAAGAGGAGCCCAGGUUCACAUCAUGUCUGUCCUUCUACUCCGUACUGAAUGAGCUCAACGACUAUGCUGGCCAGAGGGAGGUGGUGGCGGAGGAGAUGGCUCACAAGGUGUACGGAGAGCUGAUGAGGUACAGCCAAGACAUCAAAGCUGAGAGAAAGCACCAUCUACAGGAGGGCAGGAAGGCUCAGCAGCAUUUGGAUCAAUGCUGGAAACAGAUGGACAACAGUAAAAGGAAGUUUGAGAGAGAGUGUAAAGAAGCCGAGAAAUCCCAGAUUACCUACGAUCGGUUAGAUAAUGACAUCAACGCCACCAAGUCAGAGGUGGAGAAGGCCAAAGCCCAGUUUUACCUGCGCACUCACAUGGCGGAUGAGAGCAAGAACGAGUAUGCGGCCCAGCUGCAGAACUUCAACGCAGAGCAGUGGAAACAUUUCAACAACGCCGUACCACACAUCUUCAAGAAUUUGCAGGACAUGGAUGACCGUCGAACGGUGAAGCUCGGAGAGACGUACCGGAGCUUUGCCGAGGCGGAGCGGAGAGUCAUUCCCAUCGUCUCCAAAUGUCUAGAAGGGAUGGUCUCUGCUGCCAAAGCUGUCGACAUGCGAAGGGAUUCAGCCAUUGUCGUGGAGUCGUUUAAGUCGGGCUUCGAACCUCCAGGCGACUUCCCCUUUGAGGACUUCAGUCAGAAUCUGAGCCGAUCAGGAUCGGAUGGGACAAUCAGCAACACACCCAAGGGAGACCGAGAGAGGGACCGAGACGGGGCCCCCGGGUCUCGACCCGACCCGAAACACCCAAUGAGCAGGACCAAGAACAAGCUGUGGCUGUUCGGGAAGAAACCUAAGGCCCCAUCUCUGGAGGAUUUCAGCCACUUACCCCCCGAGCAGAGGAGGAAGAGGCUGCAGCAGAGGAUCGACGAACUCGGCAAAGAGCUCCAGAAGGAGAUGGAUCAGAGAGAUGCCCUCAACAAGAUGAAGGACGUGUAUGAGAAGAAUCCACAGAUGGGAGAUCCCAGCAGCCUGCAGCCCAAGAUAUCGGAGACCAUAUGUAACAUGGAGAAGCUGCGGUCGGAGAUCCACAAAAACGAGACUUGGUUAUCUGAGGUGGAGGGAAAGCAGAGCACCAGAGGAGACAGAAGACACAGCGCUGACAACCACCAUCACACUCCUCAAGGCAGAGAGAGCCCCGAGGGCAGUUACACAGAUGACACCAGUCAGGAGCAUCACACGCCUCAACUGCGCACCAGUCCUCCGAAGCCCGGACAACCGAACCCCGAGCUGCACGAGUUCGAUGACGAGUUCGACGACGACGACCCGCUGCCCGUCCUCGGCCACUGCAAAGCGCUCUACUCCUUCGACGGUCAGAACGAGGGCACACUGGUGAUGGCGGAAGACGAGGUGUUGUACAUCAUCGAGGAGGAUAAAGGCGACGGCUGGACAAGGGCGAGGAAGCAGGGCGGCGAGGAGGGCUACGUGCCCACUUCCUACGUCGAAAUCACCAUGGAGAGAAACAGCAAAGGUGCCGUCACCUACAUCUGAAGCUAACACUGUGGUCUGUCCUCUCAUCCCGUCUGUCGUCCUCACCACCCUCCUUGCUUUCUCUUCCUCAAAAUAACACUACAAAAGGAGAAAUCAGCAUCUCAACACCUGCAUGGACAUUCAUCUGUUUUCUGAUUUCCAUCCCAUCUCUCUGUCCUCCCGUGUAUCCCUCUAACCCUGUAAUGAUUCAUCCUCCUCUCGUAUCUGUGGCACUGAUGUACCAGAGGUGAGUGUCGAAGGUCACAGAGACAUAUUUGAUGGUGUUUGAGUGAUUUUUAUGUUGAAUAUGAGGCAUUUUCUAUGUGUGUGUGUGUUUUAAAGAUAUCUCCACUGCUGUUUUGAGGCUCUUGUCAAGGCUACACCACUUCUCAUCGAUCAAAGUGUUAACGUGUUAUGUAAUAUACGAGAAACAAUUUAUUUUUGAUUAUUUUCUAUGUUUCUUUUUUUUUUUUAAACUGGAGACAUUUAAAACGGACUUUAAGCUCUUUUUACGUGUCUACAUAAUUUGAAGAUGUUCUGAUUGUAUCUGUUUUUAUUUCUGUGUGUGUGUAUGUGUGUGUGUGUGUGUCUGUGUCUGUGUCUGUGUGAGAGAAAGUGUGUGUGCUUGUGCGUGCUUUUCUGUGUUACCUGUGCCAUCACGCUUCCAGUGGUUUCAGCUUCUUGUAUCACUGUUACAGGAGUUUGUCUGAUUUCUUUAAGAUGUCGUGUCCUUUCAGAGCAGAGCUGGAGGUUUUAAAAGAUGCUGUUAUUCUUCAUUUUUAAUGAUUGCCAAAAGAAAUCCCACCUAAAGACCAAAACCAGUAAUGUGUUAAGUUUCCUACUCGGUCUCAGUCACAAGCCCAUUGGUUCCCACUGCAGACGCAGAAUUGGGUCACAAAUAAAUAGUUUCAUAAAGAAGCCUCAUCACUCACUUUAGCAGAAAACUUCUCUCACGACUACUGAACUCUUUGCUGUAAAUUGCAAUGCCAAAAUAGGGGAAUACAACUUUUUAAAUGGAUUUGAUUUUGCGAUCAUAUUUAAACUUCACUCGGAUGAAUUAUUAAUUCAGAUGAGUAUUUUCUCUCUGUGGAGAACGUCAGCAGUACAAUAGCUGCAGAUUCACUUCACCAGCGGUGCAGACCGAAGAGAAAUUAAAUUACAAGGCAAUUAAUAGACAGAGAAAAAAUCAGUUUGUUUUAUGCUUGUGCAUUAAGUCUAAUGUUGUCACAGGUUAUGUCCUGUGUAUAGACAUGAGGUGUGACAUGUUUGAUCAGACUGCUUUAUUGAAGGACUUUAGAUGCCUGAGGAGGAAGAGAAAUGCUCAGUGUUUUAUAGGUCUUCCUUCUUAUCCCCUGAGACUCCGCCCACGGCUAAACACAAAUAAUACUUGUUAGUAGGAUCAUUGUUGGUUUUGUUUUUUUAUGGUAAACAAUGAGAAUAUACGCCAGACAUUUAAAAACCUCCAGUUAAGAGAUUAAAGUAAGGAAGUGUGCAGUGUGAAAAUGGUUUCACUUCAGUUAUAACAAUAAUUGCUAUAAUUGUCUCUGACAAAUCAUGUAUUUUAUUUGAUCUUUCACUCAUAAACCGCCAGUUCUUGGUUAUUGUCUGAGUCCCUGAUUUAAAAACGUCUCUGAUCGUUUUGCCUUGGUGCCCAUGAUGGUGUAACUGCAGGUGUCUCAACAUAGUCCCGCUUGAAGGGUUGUUACUGCAGCCAACACCUUGUAGUACAAACAAGGGGGUGGAGUCCUGGGAAAUGCUGCUGCCAUGUAUUUGUCACCAGUAUCACGUAAUCAGUUCUUACACAACAACUGGUCAAAUGUGUUUAAAGGGGAGGCUGCCAAGUAUACAAUGAAUUAGAUAAAUUGUGCGUGUGUGUCUGUGUGUGUGUGUGUGUCUGUGCGUGUGCGUGUGUUAGCACCUGCAGCACCUUGUGCGUCUUGUAGUAACUUACUCUCUCCUCUAUGUGACCGCAGGUUCCUGAGGGCUGCAGGGUGGCCGGGCGAUUUGAUUGGCUGGUGGAGGGCUCACGCUGAUUGCUGAUAAUUGGUGGUGGGGGCGACCCAAGAAAGAGAGAGGUAGUGAGGGAGAGACAGAUAAAGUGGAGGCAGGUUUGCAUGUCUGCAUGCUCGCAUAUCCAUAAAUCGUCAACGCAUGUUAAUAGAGGAAGAAGGGAGGGUCAUAAGUAGAAGAGUGGAUGGCCUUAAAGCCAGAGAAAAUAAUAAUAAUAAUAAUAAUCCAUUUAAUUUAUAUAGUGCUUUUCUAGAUACUCAAAGACACUUUACAUUAUACACUGUAGACACAGCUACGGGGAGCAAUGCAGGGUUAAGUGUCUUGCUCAAGGACACAUCGACUAGGGCGGGGCUAAUAUAACCUUAAGCUUUUAGCUCACAGAGAGCAGUGGAACAGCGGGUGUGUUUCUCGUUUUAAUAAUACCAGGAGCAUCUCCCUACCUCCAUCGUCUGUUUUGGGCUUUGUUGGGAUAGCGUUGUCUUUUUAUAAAUUAAAUGAGUCUCUUCUGUAGAAACUGUCCACAUUUUGGAGGAAAAGCUUCUUUUGUUAGCAUGCUUGUCCUUUUUCACUCAAAUCGUAAACCAUAAAUUCGCAUUUUGACCAAAAGAACAUCUCAUCACAGGAAGACCAUGAGACGUGUCACCAAAGGGAGUAACCUUUGCUAUUUAUCUAGUCAAAUGGCUAUUUCCAAAAUCAAGAAUGGACCCUCAAAUUCAAGAUAAUUUUUUAUUCUCUAAAUCAGACUGCCAACGUGUUUUGGUCCAGAAAUAUAUGUUGAUUUAAGAUUCAGGCUGUGAGGGGUUUGCCACUUGUUUUUUAGGGUCAGUUGUGCUUACAUUAUUAGCUGCCACUAAUGACAUCGUCGUCAUCAUCAUCUGUGCUCUGUUGGUGAUGUCUGCCUUGCCUGCCUGCCUGAGCCACUCUGCUCCUCAUGCCUGCCCUCACCCUCAUACACUCGCAUGUCCAUAACGUGUCCCAAACUUGAUCGGGCAUUUGUAUCUGUGCCUUUAACUGCAACUUUACAAGUGUGUGUGUGUGUGUGUGUGUGCAUUGUCUGGGUUGUAUGUUGACCGCUGUGUCAUCCUCAUAUUUGAAUGGAAGCAUGGGUAUGAUUUCUGUUUGUGCGUUUAAUGUUACUCAGAGUUACUCAUUGGACAGACAGAAGGACUAUCAGGUGAAUACAGGACCUCUCUACCCCUUUCUUUCUUUCUUUUCCCACAUUUCCUCUUUUCUUCCUGGGUCUGUAAUACCACCAGUUGACCAGCAGAUGGGAGCCUUCCCUCACCAAACCACAGCUCAGCUCGAGCCGGACUGGGACGCUUUUACACCAAACAUAAGGAGGAGCUCCGGUGUCUAUGGAGUCAGACUGCCUUAAAACCCCUUGUUGUUUUACUUUGGAGGGAUUAUUCCACACAUAUCUCUGGAAGUCUGCCCUUCUGCCUGACUACAUCGCCCAUCAGCCACCUGGGCUCAGCCUUUCCUCCGUGGAUCUCAAGUGCAUCUCCAUACCAUUUUUUUUUUUGUUGAAAGAACAUUUUUAAUCAGUCGUUUUUGUGAGUGUGACGACACACGCAGGCAUGUAUCAACAUGUGUGCAUGUUUAUGGAAAGCCAAACAGGCCAACAGUGUGUAGGAUCUUGGCCUGUUUGGCUCUCCAUAUGCAUUAAUAUGUAAACAUGUGUAAGUUGUUUUUUACCGUUGAAUGAUUUGUACAUAUUAACAUCUUUCAUGUCAUGCUGAAUGUGUUCCCACGGUGAUUGUUUGUAGGUAUGUUUGAUUGGCAGUCUUCACGAGAGACAACACGGUUUAAAUUGAACUGAUGCACUUUGCCCUGAAGUCCUACAGCAUUUGAAUCUGAUUAAAAUGAACGUGUUAAAGAGUGGAUAGGUGAAUGAGGCUCUGUGUUGUCUGCGGAGAGAGGUGUGAACUUUAUGAAUGACCACUGUGUAGCGGCGAGAAACGGAAACGUCUCCAGUUGUUUCUCUUCCGGAUGGUUUUUAUACUCUUUUUGUAACUCUUGGCGAGCAAAGACCGACUUCUGUUCUGCAUGAUUUUUUAGACUUUUUGAAUUCAUUUGUCUCUCUGUUUUAACCAUUCACUGUAUUAUUUUUUUUCAAGAGACUACCAAAACUACACAUCUGAAGAAAAGUUUGACUUCCUUUUUAAGAUGCUAUUUAAGAGAAGAAUGCCCCCAGUGGUUCGCUGCUUGUAGAUGUAAACAGCAGGGGGCGCCGCCUCGCUUGUAGCUGUAGUCUGCGUUUCCUCGACGAAGCUGUGAAAUGUACAGAAUGAUGCCGUCGGUGUUGUUACUUGAACUCUGGUCACGCUUCUCCACAUUUUACUCUCCGAUCUGUGAUCGUUUUGCAUCCGACAAAUAGUUGAACAUUGAGAGAGAUUUGCCUUCCACAACCUUUCUACAAACGUUAAACAAAGGGCCAUGCGGGCCAGCCUUCAGAUUCACAGCACAGAUGGUAGAGUGGCGUCACUCUUCAUCCAACUUUGCAAAAAAAGUGAUCGGUGUCUGCAGUCUGUCAGUUUUUGCUAUUUAUGACCAGUUAUCCGAUCCAUCAGUGCUUUCCGUCUCCUGAACACAUCUGAUUUCCUGGUUGGCUGCAGCAAAUCAAAUUGAAGAAAAAAAUCUCAAGUAUGAUAUACUAUUUGUGCAGUUAAGUGUUGCACAUUAGAUGUAUUUAGUUCAAGUGGCAAUACUAUCGCACUGUUCAUUCCAGUUUCUCCUUUUAAAGCAAUUACGGCUGCAACUAUGUUUUUUUCGUUAUUGAUUAAUUAUUUUUAAUUGUUUAGUCUAUGAAGUGUAAAAUUAAAUGGUAAAUAAUGCCUAUCAAAACAGAUGUUGGUUUUCUUCAACAAAAAGUCCAAAAUUCAAACGUAUUCAAUUAAUAUUGAUAUAAAACAGAGAAAGGCAGCUUAUUUGAGAUUUUAUGUUUUUAUGCGAGAUGACUAACAGAAGAUAGAUUAAACAAAUCGCACCACUUUCAGCACUAAAACCAGAACCUUGCUUGUGAUUCUAAAUGUGCACUCAGACAUGCGACAUGUAUCCGUAGUGGAGAUGACGAUCCUCUGACGAUGAAGGUCGUGACCUCUGUCCUGCUGAAGUAGUGUUGCUGUGAAGAUUCUUGCAGGACAUUUUCUUUACUAACUCUUAAACCGACUCCAAAUGUGUCCUGAUGAUCCCAGAGUUCCUUCUCAUGCUCAUGAGACAUGUUUGGAGUGUACUGUCCCUUUAAUCAAAGAAUACAUAACGUUUGGUACGCAGCAGCUUGGAAAUGAGCAAAAUUCACCAAAAGUUCUAUUAACGGUUCUUUUUUUAAACUAUUAAUAUACAUAUACAAACUGCUAGCUAAGUAUAAUAGCCACUGUGCUGUAUUUCUGAAAA